CGACGCGCUCGGAUUAGCUGCAGCCGGCGCCCGACGAUUUGAACCUGGACCCCCGGGAGGGAGCACGCCUAGGCCGAGCGCGGAGCGGCGGCCCCGCGGCCAACAUGCUUCGCAAAGGAUGCUGUGCGGAGUUGCUACUGCUGCUGCUACUGCUGGCCGGGGAGCUGCCCCUGGGCGGCGGCUGCCCGAGGGAUUGUGUGUGCUAUCCAGCCCCCAUGACUGUCAGCUGCCAGGCACACAACUUUGCCGCCAUCCCCGAGGGCAUCCCGGAGGACAGUGAGCGCAUCUUCCUGCAGAACAAUCACAUCACCUUCCUGCAGCAGGGCCACUUCAGCCCCGCCAUGGUCACGCUAUGGAUCUACUCCAACAACAUUACCUUCAUCGACCCCAGCACCUUUGAAGGCUUCGUGCACCUAGAGGAGCUGGACCUGGGCGACAACCGGCAUCUGCGGACCCUGGCGCCUGAGACCUUCCAGGGCCUGGUAAAGCUGCACGCCCUCUACCUCUACAAGUGCGGGCUCAGCAUGCUGCCGGCCGGCAUCUUUGGGGGCCUGCACAGCCUGCAGUACCUCUACCUGCAGGACAACCAUAUCGAGUACCUGCAGGAUGACAUCUUUGUGGACCUGGUCAACCUCAGCCACCUGUUCCUACACGGGAACAAGCUGUGGAGCCUGGGCCAGGACACCUUUCGCGGCCUGGUCAACUUGGACCGCCUGUUGCUCCACGAGAACCAGCUGCAGUGGGUGCACCACAAGGCUUUCCAUGACCUCCACAGGCUCACCACCCUCUUCCUCUUCAACAACAGCCUCUCAGAGCUGCAGGGCGACUGCCUGGCCCCCCUGGCUGCCCUGGAGUUCCUGCGCCUCAAUGGCAAUGCCUGGGACUGCGGCUGCCGCGCUCGCUCCCUGUGGGAAUGGCUGAGGCGCUUUCGGGGUUCCAGCUCAGCUGUCCCCUGCGCAACCCCGGAGCUGAGACAGGGCCAGGACCUGAAGCAGCUGCGGGCGGAGGACUUCCGGAACUGCACCGGGCCAGCUUCCCCGCACCAGAUCAAGUCGCACACGCUCACCACCACCGACAGGGCCGCCCGCAAGGAACACCACCUGCCGCACAGUCCCGCCCGGGACAAAAGCCACCCGCAUGGCCAUCUGCCCGGCUCCAGGCCAGGCCACAGGAAGCCUGGCAAGAACUGCACCAGCCACCGCAAUCGCAACCAGGUCUCCAAGGCGGGCGCUGGGAAGCAGGCCCAGGAGCUGCAGGACUAUGCCCCCGACUACCAGCACAAGUUCAGCUUUGACAUCAUGCCCACAGGCCGGCCCAAGAGGAAGGGCAAAUGUGCCCGCAGGACCCCCAUCCGCGCCCCCAUCGGAGUACAGCAGGCCUCCUCGGGCCACACCCUGGAGGCCUCUCUCCUGGUCUGGAUACUGGGCCUGGCGGUGACGCUCCGCUGACCCCCCCAGGACGUCAACACCCAGCACUGCCACAUGUCCACCAAGGAACAGAAUUUCUUUCUAUUUUAACAAGUGGAGGAUCUAUUGGGUUUCAGGCAGAGGCUGGCAGAGGCUUUGGCUGCUGUGUGGGCCCUGCCCGGCCGAUAAUAAACCCAAAGUGUACAGUUCCAGGAGGGACAGGAUGUGGGCCUUGCACCCAGCCAGCCCGGCCAACCCCCUGCAGAGCACCCAUGGACAACAUCGAGCCAGCAAGGCUGCCCAAGGCCGGCCAAGGAAAUCCUUCGUGUGCAACAACAGGACUGUGUGCCCCGGGAGCUGGGCUCUGGGGAUCCUGGUCCUUUGGUGAGGUCUUGAGGGCCCCUGACAUUCCUGAAGGAAGCAGGACUGGGAGGGGCAUGGACCCAGAGGCUGGGCCAAGCAGCCCUCUGGGUGCACAGGAGCUGGCACAUGUGGGUUCUUGCCGGAGAUCACUCAGUCACCUGCCCUGAUACUAUCCAUGUGCCACCUUCAGUUCCUCCCUCAGGGGUGAUGUCUCUCAUUCCUGCUGUCUCAGGCAACCCUGGCCGACCCAGGCCCACCCGCUGGGCUCCAAGAACCAGUUACCAAAGGAAAGGUCAUCAGGCUGAAAUUGAGAACUUCCAGUGGAACAAAGUUCUCACAGAAGGUGCAGUUUUAUAACUAUGUCCACUUAUAUAUACAUAUAUAUAUAUAUAACACACGCACAGAUGCACACCCCCGUCCCCCACCCUUACCAAACUAUAUGUCUUUUCCCAUUUAUAAACUAUAUGGAAAACUA